AAUGCUGUUCCCGCAAAAUAAAACAACGGUCCGCUAAAACCUAGCACGCUAAAACCUAGCACGGGUGAGGGGGCCAAUCCAUGCGCUUUCCUCUUAUCGGCGUCCGCUUCGUUCCCAGCAGCGUCAGUACAGCCGUUAACGGAGACAUCCACCAGAGGAGGUGGAGAAGGAAGAACUGGUGGUGGUGGUGGUCUGUCGGUGGAGUUGUUGUUGUUGGUGGUGGUUUUUUCUUGGUGGUGUAGCUGUUUGAUAUUGAUAUUUUGCUUGAGUUGGAAGAAUGGGUUCGAGGAGCAGAAGCCCGCCAAGAGUUCACCGUAGCCGUGGAGGUGAUCGUUACUCGUAUCGUGAUGCUCCUUACAGACGGGAUUUUCGUGGGAGUUCCAGGCCAAGCAAUUUAUGUAAUAACUGUAAGCGUCCUGGACAUUAUGCUAGAGACUGCCCAAAUGUGUCCAUCUGCAACAACUGUGGCCUUCCUGGGCACAUUGCUUCUGAAUGCAGCACCAAGUCUUUGUGUUGGAAUUGCAGGGAACCAGGUCAUAUUGCUAGUGAGUGCCCUAAUCAAGCCGUCUGUCAUACUUGUGGUAAAGUGGGUCAUCUUGCUAGAGAAUGUUCAGCUCCACCACUUCCACCUGGUGAUCUGAGGCUCUGUAACAACUGUUACAAGCAAGGUCAUGUAGCUGCUGAUUGUACAAAUGAGAAGGCAUGCAAUAACUGCCGGAAGACAGGUCAUCUUGCACGUGAUUGUGCAAAUGAGCCUGUUUGUAACUUGUGCAACAUUUCAGGACAUGUUGCUAGGGACUGCCCUAAGGCUGAUACCAUCGGAGAGCGGGCUGGUGGCUUUGGUGGCAUGGGGCGAGGCAGUACCUUCCGUGAUGUAGUCUGCAGAAACUGUAAUCAAGUAGGCCAUAUGAGCAGGGAAUGCAUAGCACCCAUGAUGAUAUGUCAUAAUUGUGGUGGCCGUGGCCAUGCAGCAUACGAAUGUCCUUCAGGUAGGUUUAGUGAUCGAGGACUACGGAGGUACUGAUCAAUGAAAGGCCAUAAAGGAUUGGGAAGAUUCAGGGCAAAGCAGGCAUUUUGAGAGUUAACCUAUUCAGAUUUUAGUCCCUCUGGCUUUUGAUUCGUGCAUCUAAAUGCUCUGAAGACUAUUCUACGAGAAUAUCCUUUUAGUUUCAGGUUGAAUGUUGUUUUACUGCAUAAACUGUAUUUCCGCAGAGAUGAAAUAUCUUGGUACUUGCAUAAUAGGGAAAUUUCCUCCUGUAACUGGAAAAUGUUUCAGUGAGUUGAUGUCAGGAUUUCUGUUCUUGUUUGCUUGGACAA